AUGAUAGGCGGUUCUACGUCCCCACUGCUCAAGGCGUGGUCCCGAGAGUUCAAGGCAGAGUCAGGCUCUGCAGCAGGAGCAGCAGCAGCAGCAGCAGCAGCAGCAGCAGCAGCAGCAGCAGCAGCAGCAGCAGCAGCAGCAGCAGCAGCAGCAGCAGCAGCAGCAGCAGCAGCAGCAGCAGCAGCAGCAGCAGCAGCAGCAGCAGCAGCAGCAGCAGCAGCAGCAGCAGCAGCAGCAGCAGCAGCAGCAGCAGCAGCAGCAGCAGCAGCAGCAGCAGCAGCAGCAGCAGCAGCAGCAGCAGCAGCAGCAGCAGCAGCAGCAGCAGCAGCAGCAGCAGCAGCAGCAGCAGCAGCAGCAGCAGCAGCAGCAGCAGCAGCAGCAGCAGCAGCAGCAGCAGCAGCAGCAGCAGCAGCAGCAGCAGCAGCAGCAGCAGCAGCAGCAGCAGCAGCAGCAGCAGCAGCAGCAGCAGCAGCAGCAGCAGCAGCAGCAGCAGCAGCAGCAGCAGCAGCAGCAGCAGCAGCAGCAGCAGCAGCAGCAGCAGCAGCAGCAGCAGCAGCAGCAGCAGCAGCAGCAGCAGCAGCAGCAGCAGCAGCAGCAGCAGCAGCAGCAGCAGCAGCAGCAGCAGCAGCAGCAGCAGCAGCAGCAGCAGCAGCAGCAGCAGCAGCAGCAGCAGCAGCAGCAGCAGCAGCAGCAGCAGCAGCAGCAGCAAGCAGCAGCAGCAGCAGCAGCAGCAGCAGGCAGCAGCAGGGUGGUAUGGUUGCUCACCGAUCGCUGUCAGCUGCUCUUACUUUCGGUGGGCUGUCGCUUGACGAGUGCAAGCGCGUGCUCCUCUCACCCAACGACACCCGCCCUCCUGCUGAGCUCGAGGCGACCCUCUCCUCUGACUCUCUCCCUGCUGUCGUUGCUUCUGCCCGUGCUGCUCUUCUUACCCCUGCUGCUGUGUUUGAUGCUGCUCCGCUCCCAACUGCGGCUUCUGCAUGUGAUGCUACCACUGUAUCCGCUUCUGCUGCUGCCUUUAAUGCUGUUUUUCUCCCCGCUGCUUCUUCUGCGUUCGGUGCUGCUACACUCACUGCCUCUACUGCGUUUGAAUCUGUUGCUCUCCCCACUGCUGCUGCUGCUGCGGCUGCUGGGUUCGAUCAUGCUGCUCCUCCCCCCACUGCUACUUCCGACGGUGCGUGUAAACCUGCUGCUCUCUCCACUGCUGCUGUGGCCAGUGCUGCUGUCUCCGAUGCCACGGCUGCUUUCUGCAAGCUCAUGAGGGAAACGUCGCUCUGCCCUGGCCCUGCUGAGGUGGUGAGGGAAGAGACGCUGUGCACCGACCCUGCAGCACCAAGCCUGCGGAGCAAGCGACCAAGGGAGGGAUUCACUGGCCCUGUCGCAGCUCUACCAGUGCCAGGUUUCACAUUGCGUCCACAGUCACUGGACAAUGGCUGUGCACAGCAGGGUAAGAGGAGCCGAGUGCAAUCAGCACUGUGGCCGCGGGUUGGGUCGGAGAGUGCCCUUCCUGAUGGCAUGCUGCUGGGAUUCAGCAGGGGGGAGGAUGGGUACAGGACCGGAGAGCCAGGGUACAGCACCGGAGAGCCGGGGUACAUCACCGGAGAGCCAGGGUACAGCGCACCGCAUGCCACUGUAGAGCCAAUAUCGCAACGCUACGCACUGCCAGCGCCUCUGCCCUCGCAAGUCACUGCUCUGGGAGGUUCCCUCCCAGGGGCAGUGAGCAGAUGCAUGUGCGGGAUGGUCCCUGACGAGAAGCACCGCAACAUACAGACGCCGGUUCUGCCCGCAGCCUCAUGUCACAGGGCUGCCUGCUGCUCCCUUGCUCCCCACACACCCGUGUCUCCCCCCUGUCUGCCUGGGCCUGCCGUCCCCCUGCCAGUGCCUCACCUGUCAUGCACCAUGGCCCCGUGUGCUCCUCCCCCCCAUGUGCCCGUAGGGAGAGGGCUGCAGGGACGAGAGCUGGCAGCCUCGCUGUCCGAGCCAGCGCUGCUGGAGUGGCGUCGGGAGCAAGACAGGACCGGGGAGGGAGGCGAUCAACUGCAGAGAGGUUUUUGUGCGCAGCUGAAUGUUCGUCGCAGCCUGCAGCUUGCGCUGGCUCCCCCUCUCUCGUCGCACCAGCGCACAUCACAGCAACUGCCGGAGAAUCUCCCGCUGCCUUUACACCCCGCCCCUGCCCCGCUAGUUGCUGCAAGGCAGAUUCUUCUGAAUCCAAGCGCACGGGAUUCGCGCUUGCAACCCCGCUCGCCUCCUGCCCAACCACCCUUACUGCUAGGCACUACGCCACAGGCGGUGGAAACGAUGCUGCAUUCCUCCGAAGCCAUAGGCGGUUCUGCGUCCCCAUCGCUUAACGCGUGGUCCCGAGAGGAGGACGCGGUGCUGCUGCGUCACGCGCUGCAGUGCGGCACGAAGCAGUGGGGCGAGCUGGAGAGGAGCGGUCAGCUCAAGAGGAGCAACAAGUCGUGCUGUAACCGUUACAUCUUCCUCCGAAGAAAGUUCCUUCACCGCUUUCAGCACCAGUUUUGGAGUGAAUGCUUCCCACGUGGCGCCGCACCCCCGAGUCACAUUUCAGUGCGGAGCCUGGCACUACAGCAGCAACAGCAGCAGGGUGGUGUGGGGUCACAUCGAUUGUGGACAGCUGUUUUGAAUUUUGGAGGGCUGUCGCUUGACGAGUGCAAGCGCGUGUUCCUCUCACCCAAUGACAGCCACUCACCUGCCGAGCCUGUGACGACCCUUGGUGCUGUUGCUGCUAGCCCUCCUGCUUCCCUGCCCUCUGCUGCUGCUGCUGCUGCUGCGAAUGAUUAUGCUACUCUCCCUAGAGCUGCUUCUGGGUUUGAUGUUGCUUCAAUCCCCUUUGUUGCUGCUCUGUACGAUGCCGCUACUCUCCCCGUUGCUGCUACUCUCAACACUGUUGCUGCUACGUCAGAUGCCAACACCCUGCCCACUGCCACUGCUGAUGUUGCAUGUGAACCUGCUCUUGCUGCCGUGGAUGUUGCGUGUAAUCUUGCUGCUCUCUCAACUGCUGCCGUGGCCAGUGCUGCUGUCUCUGAUGCCACGGCUGCUUUCUGCAAGCUCAUGAGGGAAACGUCGCUCUGCACCAACCCUGCUGAGGUGGUGCGGGAAGAGCCGCUGUGCACCGACCCUGCUGAGGUGGUGCGGGAAGAGCCGCUGUGCACCGACCCUGCUGAGGUGGUGAGGGAAGAGACGCUGUGCACGCUCUGCACCAACCCUGCUGAGGUGGUGAGGGGAGCACGCUGCCGUGGCCGUGCCAAUGUGAUGAGGGGAGUGUUGUGCUGCUCCGACCCUGCAGCACCCAGCCUGCCAAACAAGCGACCAAGGGACGGCUUCACUGGCCCUGUUGCAGCUCCACCAGUGCCAGGCAGCACAAUUCAGCGGCCACAGUCGCUGGAGAGUGGCUGUGCACGGCAGGGGAAGAGGAGCCGCGUGCAUCCAGCACUGUGGCCUCGUGUUGGGUCGGAGAGUGCCCUUCCAGACGACGUGCUGCUGGGGGGGGCUGCAGGGACGAGGGCUGGCAGCCUCCCUGUCCGAGCCAGCGCUGCUGGAGUGGUGUCUAAAUUCGAACCCCCGGGACUCUCCCUUGCCGCCUGCCCCACCAAACGUACUGCAGCACUCUACGGCCGGAGCAUGGCAGCAUGGCGGAGCGGAGGGAGCCACACGGCGCAGCUGCAGCGGGUGCUGGGGCGGGUGAGUGGGAGCAGGCCCGGGGAGAAGCGGAAAGAGAAGGGGGAGAUGCGCGGGUUAGGCGAGGGAGCUGCGGGGGCGAGUAGGGAAGCUGAGAGCAGCAGGGGCUGGGAACACAGUGUGAUUGAAAGGGGAGAGGUGGGCAACGGGGAAUAG